CACAGUUUUUUUUUUUUUGGUCUGUAACCGAAUUCCAAAGUUUAUUAGUUAAAUUUUCCACUCAUUUUCAUCCUUUUAUACGAUAACGUGAUUCAUUUAAGCAUUUGUACAUACCAAAGCCAUAGCGUGAGCUGCGUUUGCGUUUUGCAACAUACGGCAAUAUCGAAUUUUUAAUCUAAAAUUAUCAAAGUAGAAAGCUGUUAAAUUAGUAAACUAUUUUAACAAAAAAAGAAAUAAAAAAAAAAUCUCUCAACGAACCGUCGCGUCAUUUUAAUCACAACUAUUCAUCUUCCUCCUCCUUCCCUAUAUAAAGGCUCUGCCACCUCAAGUAGCUUCAAACUUACUCAAAGUAACAACGAGUCCCCUUUACUUGAGUUAUUGUCUUUCUUCUCCACACAUACUCACUUAGACUUAGCUCAAUCAAACUCAUUACCCUCUUUUAAGAAGCUUCUUUGUUUCUUCCCCAACUAGUUCUACGAUUAUGGAAAUGUCGAAAAAGAGAGCUGGCGACAUUUCAAAAGAUUUCCAAAACUGUCACGAUUUGAUUCCCGGUUUACCCUCGGAAUUAGCUAUCGAGUGUCUAGUCAGAGUUCCGUACCAAUUUCAAUCCGCCAUGAAAUCCGUUUGCCGUUCUUGGCGUAGUUUAAUCUCCGACUCUUCCUUCAUCAUAGAGCGGCGGAGAUGUGGCAAAGCAGAGCUUCUUCUCUGUCUCGUUCAACCGCUGUCGCCGCCAAAUCCAGCGUCUAAAACGGUUGGGGAGACAUUGGUGAUGGACGAAAAGGGUGAGAAGAAAUUGGAGGAUGAGUCGCCGCGCGUUUUCGGCACGCCACGGUUUGGAUUAAGCGUUUACAACGCCGCGAUGUCCACGUGGAAUCGCGUUGCGUUUCCCGAGCAGCAGAUCCCGCUUUUCUGCGAGUGCGUCGCGCUUCAGGACGCUGGGAAGAUUCUGCUCAUCGGCGGGUGGGAUCCGGAGACGUUACAGCCAGUGAAGGACGUUUACGUUCUGGAAUUCGCCGGAGAAGGAAGCGGACGGAGGUGGAGACGAGGAUCACCGAUGACGGAAUCGCGGUCGUUUUUCGCCUGCGCUUCCGUCGGCUCGACGAAGGUGUAUGUCGCCGGAGGGCACGACGACCAGAAGAACGCUUUACGCUCGGCGGAGGUGUACGACGUGGAGAAGGACGAGUGGUCGACGAUUGCUCCGAUGACGGAAGAAAGGGACGAAUGUCAAGGAUUCUUCAUGGAGACGGAUCUAGGAUUCUGCGUAAUUAGCGGUUAUGCGACGGAAUCUCAAGGUCGAUUCCGAUCCGAUGCAGAGAGUUACGAUCUGGCUACAAAUUCCUGGGCCAAAAUCGAAAACAUUUGGCCAUUUCAAGAUACAAGCCCUAGAGGACGCAUCGCCGGAGACAUGAGAGGCUCCUCGAGGUUAUGGUGUUUCACGGACCAGCUUCCAUCUGAAACUAAAGACGAUUCGAGGAAAUGUAAACUAGAUGUUGAAACUAUUCAGCUUCCGGUGACGGGAAGCUCGGUUUUCGCCGGAAGCUUAGGAGGUGAAGUAGUGGUAAUGGUUGGUGGAAAAAGAGAAUCUGAAGGUGAAGGAGUGAUGAUGAAGAUGAAGACAGAGAAGAAAAUCGGAAAAUGGAGUGGUCAUAUCCAAAUACCUUAUGGUUUCUCCACUCUUCCCUUUUCACAAUCUUCAAUCUAUGUUUGAAAAUCCAAAAGAUGUGUGGUUUUUAUAGUACAACAUUGUAUUGUGAUGGAAAUGGUAGGCGGAAGAAGAGAACUCUGUAUCAUUA